GUGGCUCAUGAGAUGCUGUACCAGAGGAGCAAAAAGUUGCUGCUGGCCCUGUGCCUGCUGCUGGCCCUGUGGCAAUGUUUCCGAGCCCUCAUGGAUGGCCUUGGCCCCAUCCGUUGGGCUCCCUCUCUCCUCCACACCCCUGCUGCCCACUGCGCCGCCCGUCCCAACAGCUCUGCCUGGUUCAGCGCUCGCUACGACGCAGCCGUGGGGCCUCUCUUGACGGGUGCAGCCCACGAGCUCUCCUCGGAUGUGGUUCAGUGGUGGCUGACCCUGCAGGGUUCCCCGAGUGGCAUCCAGCUCCAGGCCAUAAUCCAGCAGCUAUUCGCCGUGCUCCGGGCCCCGACCGGCAGCCUGCGGGCCCCGUCGGGAUGCAGAACGUGUGCAGUGGUGGGGAACUCGGGGCGACUGAAGGGGUCCAGUCAUGGGCUGCUCAUUGAUGCCCAUGACUGGGUGCUGAGGAUGAACAGAGCUAAGAUCACUGGCUUUGAGCUGGAUGUUGGCACGAGAACAACCCACCACUUCAUGUACCCAGAGAGUGCAGUGAAUCUUGGGCCCAGUGUCCACCUUGUCCUUGUUCCCUUCAAGCCACUGGACCUGCAGUGGGUGACCAGUGCCUUCUCCACUGGAGAGCUCACACGCACAUACAUGAGAGUGAAACAGUUCAUUAAAGCUGACAGAAACAAGGUGCUGAUCCUGAGCCCAGCUUUCCUCAAGUACAUCCACGACAAGUGGACCCAGCGUCACGGACGAUACCCCUCCACUGGCUUCACUGCCCUGCUCUUCGCCCUGCACACCUGCCAGCAGGUAUCUGUGUUUGGCUUUGGAGCAGACAGUGAAGGGAACUGGCACCACUACUGGGAGAAAAACCGCUGGUCUGGAGCCUUCCGCAGGACGAGAGUCCAUGACGCUGAUGCCGAGUUCAGCCUCAUCCAGAGACUGGCAGAUGAAGGCAGGAUUUUAUUUUACAAAUGA